ACAUUUUCAAAUCGCGCAUUCUGUAACGUGCAGAGCGGUGUAUUCGAAGUCUACGUAAAACGUUCGUAGUUCUACCUAUUUGCCUACGACUCAUGCUCUCACAUUGAUGUAUCUACUUUAAAACGUUUGAAUCAAACACCUUACACUUCAUCAUCUUAUUAUCUCUUCAAAGUUUGUCACAAAUAUGUACUCUGCUCCUGACAAUCGCCUUGGUUGUUCAAGCAUAUGUGAUGACCAGUCAGUUUGCCGAGACUAUUUGCGAAACGUUUGUAAACGUGGCAAAAAAUGCAAGUUCAAACAUCCAUCUUUGGAAGAAUGUGAAAGAUUACGUCGAUUUGACAAAACGUUCUGCCACGACUUCCAAAAUUCAACAUGUCGCCGACCAAAUUGCAAAUUUUUACACUACACAAAAGAGGAAGAGGAAAUGUUUCGACGCACUGGUUAUUUACCCAACGAUAUACAAUGGUCAUAUCGUCCUGCUUCAAGCACGUUUGAUGAAAAAACUCCAAUUUGCAAGGACUUUUGUAACGGAACCUGCAACCGAGGAUCAAACUGUAAAUAUCGUCAUGUCACUACACCUCAGGAAACAGUAAAUCCGGGUUUAUAUAGUCAACCUAACCUACAAAAAACUGGUUUUAUGAAUACAAAUGUAUCGUCUACGCAUUUUGAUCCUUCUUUAAUAAAUAUUUCGAAUCCAAGUAACCCAUCUCCCUAUGGUCAGUCAUCCCUUAUAAAUAGGGCUGUAAUCGUAUCACCGAACGAUUCGAUUUUAAAUCCCGUGAGCAAUGCCUAUAUUCCCGUGGCGUCUUCUCAUUCAAUUGUCGGCCUUAUCGGCAACACAUCUACAGGACAGCCUACUUUGUAUACACAUUCUUCGCUUGUUUCAAUAACAAGUGCACCUCAUAUUACUCCUUGCUCUUCCGUUAUCACAGUUAGUCCUGAUCCUACUCAACAUCCGAAUAUACUACAUCCUCAAACUGCCUUAUCAGCACCUCAUGCAACUUAUCAUAUUGUUCCACAUGAUGCUUCGCCACAUCACCAUCAUCAUCUGCUUGCUACAAGCUCAAGUCAUUCACAUGCUCCUGCUUUAUUAACCAUCCCUUUAUCUCAGUUCACUUGUAAUGUGAGUAAUAAUAGCUUGAUUCAAUCUCAAGCCGCUAUCACUACGCAACAUCAUGCUGUUGUAACUGGUGUCUUGCCAGCUAAUUCAUCAAUAUCAACUGCACCUGCAACAUAUUUUCCAUCAUAUGGUGUUUUCCACAUUAAUCAGUCAUCAUUAGAAACCCGUGACCAUCAAAACCAACAACAUCAGCAAAUAACAACAGAAAUACACAAACAAGUUCGUAAAGCUAAACUAUCCAGUUCUUUAGCCACUACACCAGUUACUGCCACUACAACAUCCACAACUUCAGUUGCCUCGUCCACAACAGCUGUAUUAGCUGCAGCUGCUGCUGCUGGCUACAUUGCACAACACUUACCAGUUAUUGGUCCCACUAAUAUAUCUGAAAGUGGUACAAUAUCUCAGGAUCUGAAUAACAAUCUUAUAUUAAAUCAAUCGAAAGGGGUUAAUGUUCAUGAAUCAGCAUUGGCAGCGGCAGCAAAUUUACCAACUGUAUCAGCGGCGGCAGCUGCAGCAGUAGCUGCUGCGGCUGCAUUCGCACGUUCCACUUCUAUUACUCAGAAUUCUAAGUGUUGCCCUGUGAUUCCCAAUGCUCAAAUAAAAUCCAAUGAAUUGGGUCCUGAAUCCAAUUUCUUUAGUUCUACUGCUAAUAUAAAUACUAGUAAUAGUAAUAUUACUUGUACUACUAAUAAUAAUAAUAAUCCAACUUUAAUUAAUAACGAAUCAUGUUCUUGUCAAGAUUCAUCUUGUUUAUCGAAUAUGAAACAUGAUAAUAAUAUUAAUCCUAUGAUGACGACAACUAUAAAUACAGUAACUACUACUUGUACUCAAAGUCAUUCAACUAGAGAAUCCACAUAUACAUCGGAUAAUAAUAAUAAUAACUCUAAAAAGCCUACAUUAUCAUCGGAAUCAUCCUCUAUAGCAUAUCCAGGUUCUUCAUCAUCCGAUUAUUUAAAUCCAACCGAUGAAGAACAAGCUAAAACAGCCGCUGCUGUUGCGGCAGCAGCUUGUAUAGGUGCUAUUUUCUCUCAACCAAUGGCAGCAGCUGCUGCUGCGGCGGGCGGUAAUGGUGGUAAUUCUGCUUCGUCUUCAGUUGCUGCUAUGUUAGGAAAUUUAAUUAGUCGUAAUCCACAAGAUAUUAUUCAAGCUGUUCAGUCCUCUUCAUCUUCAUCGAUAUCAUCAUGUGCAUCUUCACUCUUAUCCAAUUCAUCUAGACACAUUUGCUCUGUUAACAGUAAAUAUACUUCAGCAUGUGAUGCCGAUAGUAUUGGAUGUCGUUAUGCACAACAACCACAGUAUUUUGCAGUUGAUGAAAGAAAUGUAUAUGAUGGUCAAAAUGAACAAGGUAAUAGUAUCAAUGUAAAUAGCACAACUGAUCAGCAUAACAUCCAAUCGAACUCUGUCAAUAAUUCUUCACUUAUUUCGUCAUUAGAUCGUUGUAAAUGUACAAAUUCUUUACUGGAUAGUUCAUAUUCUUUUCAAGAUGUAAUCACUUCAGAUACAAAUAAUUGGUCAAGUGUAACUACAACAAUGGCCUCAGCUGCCAAAGCCGCGGCUGCAGCCGCUGUUGCUGCCACCGCCGCCGUAACUGGUUCAGCUAAUUUCUUUCGUUUAACACAAUUUAAAAAUAAAGUUGAUCCACAAUUGCAUGAUUUAUUAAUGGAUAAAGUUACAUCAUCCAUGUCAUCUUCACACGAAUCGUCAUCCAGCAUUUAUAGCCCCUUACGUUGUAUUGAUCAGUCUAGAAAUUUACGAUCAAAUUCUGAUCAUAUAUCUUCAUCUGUUGUAGUGAACGAUACAGAACUUAGUGGUUUAUCAACUAAAGAGGCUGUGACAAUGACUAGUGCAGCUGCUGCUGCUGCAAUGGUUGCAGCGGCUGCCACAGUAGCUGCUGAACAACGUCAACUAAUUGGGAAUAAUUUCUUAUCUGAAGUUAAUCAUUCAAGUAAACUGGAGAAGCAAAAUACACAUCGUACACUUACAGGAAAUACUUGUUUAUCAAAAAAUUCAGAAUGUAAUUAUCAUCGUACAUGUUCUUCUUCAUCAUCACAUAAUGAUUUUGCUUCACCAUCCUCCUAUGAAACUGAUAGUCAAAUAUAUUCUUUAACUCAUGAUGGAUCAAAUCGAUUUACAAAGAAACGUCAUAAAACUAAAAGAUUGACUACUGUUGACUGUCGUUAUUCUGGUUAUUCUAGUUUACAUCAUCAUCAUCAUACCACCGGUUUAUCUAGAUCUGUUGAUGAUAAUGAAGAUGAUGAUCCUGAUGUAUACGAAGAUGAUGAUAUAGAGUCAACUGCUCUAAUGUCACCAUCUCCUGAAGUCACUCCUCCGUACAACUUACCAACUAAGUUAAGUAAGAGGGAAGGUUUAUUAAGUUUAUCAUAUUCACGUCAAGUUGAUGAUAGUAGUAGACCGCCUUCUUGUGAGACUAGCCCAGAUCCAUGGAGAUCAACAGUUCGUAAAGUUGUUUUAUCUAGAACAACUGGUAAAAGUGAUUGUCUUGAAAGUCAUUCAUCUCAGUCGUUAAGUACUCAACAAUUUUUGGAAAAUCAAUCUUCUGAACAUGGUAUGGGAUCUUGUUAUGUAGCUAACAAUAAUCCACAUCCUGAAUCAUUGAACACUAACCCAACUGGCUCUGGUUUUUAUCCGAUUCGUCGAUCAGUUUCAACAGGUGCUUUACCUAUAAAAACAUCCUGCAAAAUUGUGGUUAAAGUACGUUCAAAAUCAUUUCCAGCUUUAAGUUCUUCACAUUCUCAUUCAAAAGAUGAAAAACGAGUUGUUUUCACUUCAUCCAAUUGUAGUCAUAGAUAUAAUUCAGCUGAAAAUUUUUCUGUUUGCCCAACAAUGAGUGGAACAUCAACUUCUUUGUGUUAUUCAAAAAAAAGUGAUAGUGCUAUAAAUAAAUUUCAAUCAUCCAGAUACAGAAAUCGAGAAUUCGGCAAACGAAAAUUUCGUCGAACUGUUCAUCGGUACUUUACACAACAUCCUAAUAAUCGUCGUUUCAUAAUUCAAAGCACACGACCUCUAUCAAAUGUUUCUCCAACAUCUAUUCUAAGCGAAGAAUAUGGUGGACGUGAUGAAGGUGAUGAUCCUGACUAUGUCGAUCCCGAUUAUGACGAUGAAGAUCUCUAUGAAUUAUCCGUCCCGCGAACAUCGAUUAAACGUUCAUCACAUGGUAUAACAAAAUAUUCUACGAAAAGAAAACGCUCUCUAUACUCUUCUGCUUCUACAUCUAAUGUCCACCUUGCCCCACCAUCGAUUAAACAACAAUAUGCACUUAGGGUUGAAAAUGCUCGUUUACGUCGUAAAUUAAUCGAUUUAAUGCGACAACGUGGAGAUUUAAGAGCUGCGAAUGAAAUGCUUCUAGAACAGAAUGCAAGAUUACGUCAAUCUAGUAAACGUGUUUCUGCAGUUGCACGUAUGGCGGAAUCUGCUACAAAAAUUAUAGAAGCACAUAAUAAAUCUCAACUAGUUCAAUCUAAUAGUUUUCCAUCAAAUUCUGGUUCAUGUCAAUCAACCGUGCCAUUUUCAAUUGCUCAAGCAGCAGCUGCAGCUGCGGUUGUUGCAGCUGCUGCUCAAAAUCAAACAAAUGCACCUAAUCUAACUGGAGUGUAUGUAUCUUCUCCAACAGCAUCUAUUAAUCAACAAUAUUCACCAACUAUUAAUGGUUUAAGUGGUGGUAGUUCCAAUUUACAUUCAUUAUUCCCACAGAUCCCAGCAGCCAAUACAACUGGUAUAGCUAUCCCAUCAAAUCAAGCAUUGAAUGCAGUACAAAUACAAGCUUCUUCUGGAGCAUUAGCUACACCACCACAAGCAACUGCAUUACUUCAUCCACAAACUUUAGAUCCUCAACAAACUGAUUUAUCCAAUUACUGUCAACAUCAAACUCCUGACGUUCGGCCACAAAAUCGCUUACUUGAAUUACUAACUGAAUACUUAUCAACCACACAGACCCUGACAUCAAACGUUAUUUAAUAUGCAACUUGAAAAUAUGUUUUUAAUCUUCUUUUAAAUCACAACUACUUCAUCGUAAUUGUUUCAAAUUGAUCUAAUUUGAUUGUCUUAUUUAUGAGCAGUUACACAGUCGAGAACAUAAUGUUUCUCAAUGUAUAUUUAAAUAAAGAUUUGAAGUGCAAUGUUAUUGUCACAAUAGACAUCUAUUAGUGUUUCUCAAAUGUAUUAAAAAGUAAAAUUACAAUAUCGU